AUGACACAUGGAAAUUGCACUGAAGUGACUGAAUUCAUUCUUCUGGGAUUUGGUGCCCAACACAGGAUUAGGCUUGUCCUCUUACUUGUAUUUCUACUGAUCUACAUGACCUCCAUCGUGGGUAAUAUUGGAAUGAUCCUACUUAUCAAAGCAGAUUCCAGACUUCAAACACCCAUGUACUUUUUCCUACAACAUUUGGCAUUUGUUGAUAUCUGUUAUACCUCUGCAAUCACACCCAAGAUGUUGCAAAAGUUUAUGUCAGAAAACAAAUCAAUAUCAUUCAUGGGGUGUGUAAUGCAGUUAUGGGUUUAUGCAGCAUUUGCAACAAAUGACUGUUAUCUCCUGGCUGCUAUGGCAGUGGACCGUUAUGUAGCCAUCUGUAACCCACUUCACUAUCCCAUAGUUAUGUCCCGAAUAGUCUGCCUCCAAUUGGUAGCUGGUUCAUAUUUGAUGGGCUCAAUAAAUUCUUCUGUACAAACAGGUUUUACAUUUUCAGUGUCCUUUUGCAAGUCCAAUAUGAUCAAUCACUUUUUCUGUGAUGUUCCCCCAAUUCUAGCCCUUUCAUGCUCCAAAAUUGACAUCAACAUCAUGCUUCUAACAGUCUUUGUGGGGUUUAACUUGAUGUCCACUGUGCUGGUCAUCAUCAUCUCCUACAUAAAUAUCUUAACUACUAUCCUAAAGAUCCCUUCUACUUCAGGGAGGAAAAAAGCCUUCUCCACAUGUGCCUCCCACCUGUCAGCAGUCACCAUUUUCCAUGGAACCCUCUCUUACAUGUACUUACAGCCUCAUUCUAAUAAUUCCCAGGAGAAUAUGAAAAUUGCCUCCAUAUUUUAUGGUAUUGUGAUUCCUAUGUUGAAUCCCCUGAUCUAUAGCUUGAGAAAUAAGGAGGUAAAAGAAGCUCUAAAAGCAAUAAGGAAGAAAUUCUUCUAG